UUCAAGUAAUGUGAAAAAAACUGCUCUCUGUCACGUGACUAGGCGCUGCUCAGUGCUGUAGAGUCACAGCAGGCUUUGACCAGCAUGCUAUCUUUCUCCUGCCGUACAAACGUCUCGUUUGACUUCAUUUAAACCCGAAUAGGCAGCAGUGCUCACAGAUCUGUACUUUCUCUGUAAGCCUGGCCUGUCUACAAAGUCUUAUCAAAUGGAUAAUGGAGACUGGGGGCACAGGAUGACUCACCCAGUCACCUUAAAUGUGGGAGGUCACCUCUACACCACUUCAAUUUCCACACUCCAGCGGUACCCUGACUCAAUGCUGGGUGCCAUGUUCCGUGGGGACUUACCCACCACACGAGAUGCUCAAGGAAACUACUUCAUUGACAGGGAUGGCACUCUGUUCCGCUACAUACUGAACUUUCUGCGCACAUCAGAACUGACUCUGCCAUGUGACUUCAUGGAGAUGGAUCUCCUGCGUAAAGAAGCUGAUUUUUAUCAGAUCGAGCCCUUAAUCCAAUGCCUCAGUGACCCAAAGCCACUGUACCCUCUAGAUACCUUUGAACAGGUGGUAGAGCUGUCCAGUACCCGCAAACUCUCUAAGUACUCAAACCCAGUAGCUGUUAUUAUUACCCAGCUGACCAUCACCACUAAAGUACAUGCACUGCUGGAGGGAAUCUCCAAUAACUUCACAAAGUGGAACAAACACAUGAUGGACACAAGAGACUGUCAAGUGUCCUUCACCUUCGGACCUUGUGACUACCAUCAGGAGGUAUCUCUCAGGGUUCACCUCAUGGACUAUAUCACCAAACAGGGCUUCACAAUCCGAAACACUCGGGUUCACCACAUGAGUGAACGUGCCAAUGAGAACACAGUGGAGCACCACUGGACUUUCUGCAGGCUUGCUUACAAAGUAGAAGACUGACGACACACCAAACUGUUCAAAACUGCUGUUGCCAAUGCUAUAAGUUAAUUAUGAUACAUCUAUUUCAUUGUUUGUUGCGUGACCAAACUCAAUAAUUACAGAAAAGGGGAAAAUACUAUUGAUAAAUGAUCAACCAAAUUUAGUGUUUUAUUCAUUCUGCAAAGUUUUUUUUCUUUCUUAAAUAAGAUCAUUCCAUGUAUUGAAGGAAAGGUUAGAACAAGUUUAAUCCACAUGCUGUAGCCCACUAUAGGAUCCUCAGAUUGCUUUUAAUGAAUCAUGUAGCAAAAUAAUUAUUCAUAUAUUCAGUCUAGAUAAAAAUUCUACAAAGGAUUUGCACUAUGUGCGACAUCACAAUCCUGAAUGCAUGCAUGUUAUAACAUGUACGUAAUAUAUUAAAUUGUUGUCAAAUUAGACUUCUUUCAUUUUUUUUCCUGUCCUUUAACUCUUACCAUCUUUUCUUAAUGGCACUUGACCAUAUAACAUUAAAUGUUAUGUUUAACAAACCUCAAAUGUUAGAGGUUUGUUAGACCUAACCUUGAAAUUUAUAUGCAUGUGCAUAUUUUUGUGAUACAAUUAUUGACUGUAGCCUAUCAGUUAUCAUAACCCUCUACCAUGUGCACCAGUGUUUUUGAUUCUUUGUCUUUUAGCAGCUAUUAUUUGGGUAGUGAAUACAUCCUGGUGAUGCAGUGUUAAGAUUUUUAAAAAUCUAUCUCACUGCAAAUACACUGUCAUUUAGCAGACACCCUUAUCCAAUUUAUACUGAGCAGUUGAAGUUUAAGGGCCCUGCUCAGGGGCCCAGCAGUACCAGCUUUUUGGACCUGGGAUUCAAACUCAUGACCUUCUGAUUAGUAGUCUAAUGCUUUAAACACUAGGUUACCACAUCCCUACAAAUAAAUUCCCGAUGUAGAAAUAAGAGUGUGUCCCAUAUACUGUAAUUGAUUGAAGUCAGAUUGAAGUCAUAUCCAGAGUGUAUUCCUGCUUUGCUUCCAGCAUUCGCAGCGUAGGAUCUAGAGAAGCACCACAACCCUUAGCGGAAUAAAGUGGUUUCUCAACAUGUGUUAAUAACAAAAAUGAUAUAAAUGUACACCUAAAAGUUGUGCUUUUGAUUGUUGAGCCAAGAGAGUGUGACAAAUUGUACAGAGCAACAGGCUGCAGUCAGUAACCUCAUUAAAAAAAUGCCCAAGGCAGGUGUACGUAAUAAUGUGGCCACUGCUUGUUCAUACUCGGAGGGGUUAAAAUUCAAUGCAAGAGCUGUAUGCUGACGAAAAGCGUGAUUCUCCCCUCUGUGCAACCUAAACUUGGUACAAUCCUUUUUAAUAACCUAUGACCACGAGCAGUGACGUGACGUCAACACCGCCAUGUUGCCCUGUCAUGUCAGCUUACAUUAACAUGCGUGAAGGUAAAGAGAGAAGGGAAGGACGAGAAAAUGUCACAGCGUAAAUAAAUAUAUAAUAAAGAUACAUUAAUAAAGAGCGCUACGCUUUUUGAGGCAUUUUCAACUGUUUUUUUUUCGCCGAUACCAGGAGCAGGCGACAUGUUUAGAAAGAGCAGAAACAUUCAGUAUAUUCUAAGUAUUGUUCCAGGGAAACGACGCUUCGGAGUUUACCGAUUUUUGCCCAUCUUCUUCUGCAUCGGCGGUGUCAUGGAGUGGGUCAUGAUAAACGUACGAAUAGGACGAGAGACAUUUUAUGAUGUCUACAGGAGAAAGCGCUCUGAGAGGGAAUACCAACAGAAAAUUGAGGAUGGGAUAAUCGUACUUCCUGAAUCAGAACCAAAAUAAACAUUUUUCACUACUGCAAAUAUGUUCAUUCAAGCUAAGUGAUACCAGAGAAAAAUGAGAUGCAAUAAGUCCUUUGCCAGGGACAUUGACUCUUUAUCAUAGAUAUGUCGCCUUGUAUAAGGCAGUACAUUGGAACGAAUGCGUCAAUAGAGCCGCCAUCUUGGUACAGUGGACCCCCUCCUCUUAAUUCAUCAGCGUCAAUGUAGGCAAAGAAAUAAAAUCACCAUAAAUCGUCA